AUGGGAGGCAUAUUUCUGAACGGAAGACCUCUCCCUCAGCUCAAACGGAGAAAAAUGAUAGAACUGGCCUCUGAGGGAGUGCGUCCAAGUGAGAUUUCUAGAAUACUGCAGGUGUCAAACGGCUGCGUGAGCAAGAUCCUGAGUCGCUACCGCCGCACAGGACUCCUGGAGCCCAGGACUAUUGGUGGGAGUAGACCGCGACUCCUCACUCCAGAUGUCAUCCAGACCAUUAUCCAGUGUAAACGCGAAAAUCCCAACAUCUUUGCCUGGGAAAUACGGAAUCGACUUACAGCCAAGCAGAGCCUUAAAGGCCUCAAAGUUCCCAGCGUUUCUUCUAUCAAUCGCACCCUUAGAAAUAUUAACAUAAUGCAUGGGCCACUGAGUCUGGAGAUGAAUACGCAAGUUUUAUCUGAUCAUGAUGAAUUGAUAUUAAAAGACAAUGGUGAAAUCAAGAGCAGUCAAGAUAAUUCCAGGGAUGAUCCACACAGAUACCGCACCACCUUCACCCCAGUCCAGACCCAAGCACUUGAACAAGAGUUUUCUCUUUGCCAUUAUGCUGACAUGUCUACAAGGGGGAAACUUUCAGCUAUGAUCCAUCUUCCAGAUGACAUUAUCAAGAUUUGGUUUUCGAACAGAAGAGCCAAAUGGAGGAAAGAACAAAAUACAACAAAGCCUGUAGUCAAUAAACAGGAUUAUUCAUCUGUUGGUCAAAGUAAUACAAGCAGUGUUUCUUUGCACCAUGUAAGCACGCCUGGUGUUUGUCAUGAGUUUACUGACAGUUCCAUCCUAAGUCCAGUCUACGACCACAUCAAAAUAUCAAUGAACGAUGAGCAUCCACCAUCAGUUCCUGUACCUCAGCCUUACCUUCAUCAGUGGAACAAUGGACUGAUUGAAAACACAGAGAAGCCUCGUCUGGCUCGGCUCGACUCAGGACACAUGGACACAAGGCCAUAUCUCACGUUGCCUGCAGACACAAUGGGAAGGGAUUACAGCCCUCUGACAGAAUUCUGGAGCCUACACAGACCUCCUUUUACAUGGAGCCAAACAUAUGAGAGGAAUUUCUACUCACAACCUUGGGAGGUCAAGGAACAUCAAUACAUGGGUGGACACUAA